UGGAGUGAGGGGCAGCAGAUGAUCAAUGGUACUCCUGUAUAUAUGUACCAGGACUGCAGCGUCCUCUCUGAAGGAGACACUGACCACUGGCUCCGCACAAACUGGAUCUUCCGAGGGGCGGUCUCCUCUCGCAUCUUUGUGGAGCUGAAAUUCACCAUUCGAGACUGCAAGAGUUUCAGAGGAGAAAUGGUGAGCUGCAAGGAGACAUUCAACCUCUACUACAUGGAAUCAGAGCAAGAUGUGGGCAUCCAGUUCCGCCGUCUCCUCUUCACUAAAAUCAACACUGUAGCAGGUGACAACAUUUUCACAGCUCGAGAUGUUGAGGUCGGCUCACUGAAGUUGAACACGGAAGUAUGCUCCAUUGGGAAGCUACAGCAGCGUGGUUUUUAUCUGGCUUUCCAGAACUCAGGAGCGUGUGUGGCCUUGGUUUCAGUGAGAGUUUAUUACAAGACCUGUUCAGAUACCAUUAGUGGAUUGGCCCAUUUUCCAGAGACGCUUGCAGGUCCUGAGGGUCUAACAGUAGUGUCUGGCGUCUGUCUGAAGAAUGCAACAGAGGAGGCGGGUGUUUCACCCAAGAUGCACUGCAGUCCCAAUGGGGAAUGGUUGGUGCCAGUGGGCAGGUGCACAUGCGUCAUUGGUUUUGAAGAGGUCAAAGGAAGAUGUGUGGCCUGCCAGCCUGGAUUCUAUCGUCACUCUCUAGAAAUGGAGCAGUGUCUGAAAUGUCCUCCCAAGAGCAUCUCCCACUCUUCUGCCGCUACAAGCUGCCCCUGCAUCCAAGGCUUCUUUAGGACAUCCACUGAGGACCAAACUGUGGCCUGCACAAGCCCUCCUUCUGCUCCACGCCAUCUCAACUUCUCCCUUGUGGGGACACAGAUUUCCCUUUGGUGGCAACCUCCCCUUGAUCGGGGUGGGCGCCAGGAUCUCACUUACAGUGUUUCAUGCCAACUUUGCCAUUUUCUGGUGUGCGAACCUUGUGAAAGUAGUGUGAUGUUUUCCCCCAGUGCUUUAGGCCUUCUCAAGCCAAAUGUGGUCGUGGAUGGUUUGGAAGCUUAUACCAAUUAUAGCUUCACUGUACGGGCUCAUAAUGGAGUAUCAGGGCUCAGCCUUGCCUCACGCAACAGUACCAGUUCCCCCGUCUGGGUGUCUGUGGGCCAUGCAGCUCCAGUGGUGGUGACCAAUAUCAUUUUGGACAAGCAGAAUGACAGCAGCCUCUCUGUGACUUGGCUCCCUUCCCGUCAUCGCAGCCAGAGCUCUGUAAACUAUGAGGUUCUAUACUUUGUGAAGGGAGAAGAAAAACACUACACCGUUCAUCACCUUCAGAAACCUCAAGUAACCCUGGCCAACCUGCAGCCUGACACAGCCUACCUGCUGCGUGUGCGAUCCAUCACACCGUUAGGACCUGGACCAUAUUCCCAGGAGCAGGAAUUCCGCACUCUGCCGCAAGACACCAGUAUGCUUCCUGGAGGUGUGAUUGUGUCAAUUAUCUUUGGAAUCCUGUUGUUCAUUGGGCUGAUCACUGGGCUCAUAAUCUUCCAUCGAAGACGAGCUCAUCAUCACCGAGCACGACCAUGCCACAAUGGCUACAACCGAGAUCUCCAACCAUAUGAGGAUCCCAGAAGGGGUGUCUUAGAAUUCACAAAGGAACUUGACCCAUCUCUUGUCUCCAUUGACACAGUUAUUGGUGAAGGAGAAUUUGGGGAGGUCUAUUGUGGUGCCCUGCACUUCCCAGGGAAAGAACGUAUUGUUGUGGCCAUCAAGACCUUGAAGUCAACUUACUCAGAUUCAACCUGGUGGAAUUUCCUCCGUGAGGCAACUAUCAUGGGCCAAUUCAACCAUCCCAACAUUGUCCGGCUAGAGGGAGUUGUCACAAAACGGAAUCCAAUGAUGAUUAUUACAGAAUACAUGGAAAAUGGGGCCCUAGACACCUUUUUAAGGGAGAACAUCGACAAGUUCAGUUCGGUGCAGUUAGUGACGAUGCUGCAGGGCAUUGCCUCAGGGAUGACCUAUCUCUCAGACCGCAACUAUGUACAUCGUGAUCUAGCUGCCCGCAACAUCUUGGUAUCACACACCCUUCAGUGCAAAGUCUCAGAUUUUGGACUUUCUCGAAUCCUGGAAAACGAUGUGGAAGGAACAUAUGAAACAAAGGGUGGAAAGAUCCCUAUUCGGUGGACAGCUCCAGAGGCCAUUGCGAAUCGAAUCUUCACCUCUGCCAGCGAUGUCUGGAGUUUUGGCAUCGUCAUGUGGGAGGUGUUUUCAUAUGGAGACAAGCCCUAUGGGGAUAUGUCCAAUCAGGAGGUGAUGAAAAGCAUAGAGGAUGGGUACCGACUUCCCCCACCAGUGGACUGUCCCUCUAUCCUUUAUGAUCUGAUGAAAGUGUGUUGGUCAUACGAUCGGACACGGAGGCCACGUUUCCGGGAGAUCCAGGCUCAACUAGAGCACUUCCUUUCCAGCCCACAUUUGCUUCGAACUGUGGCUGAUUUUGACCCUCGGGUGACCCUUCGACUUCCAAGCUGCAGUGGGUCCGAUGGGAUUCCUUAUCGGACUAUCCCCGAGUGGUUGGAAUCCAUCCGCAUGAAACGCUACAUCCUCAACUUCCAUACGGCUGGCCUGAACACCAUGGAAUCUAUCCUGGAUCUGUCUGCUGAGGACUUGAAGCAAAUGGGUGUGGUUCUUCCUGGCCACCAGAAGCGAAUUCUGUGCAGCAUCCAGGGAUUCAAAGAGUGACACGUGCCGCCAUACGGUGCCGAGCAAGAAUGGCUGCCGUCUCCCUUUGCAGAAGACAAAAA